GAUAUAGGCGUAACCAAACGGUAUGCACCCAUUUUGCUAUUUUCUCCGCUCCGAAUCCUUCCCUCUCAAGUCUCAACCCAAACAAGACGACAACUGAGCUGUCUCGUAGGUCUUGUCUUCGAUCGUGAUCGAUAAAACCAGGCAGUAAAGCCAGGAAUAUCAGAAUGGAAUUGGCAGACAGGGCAGUUGGGUUCUUAUUAUCGCUUAUCAGUCUCUCUAUAUUCACUUAUUACACAUUUUGGGUCAUCAUCCUGCCAUUUGUAGACAGUGAUCACUUCAUCCAACAGUACUUCCUACCCCAAGAAUAUGCCAUAUUAAUACCCGUAUUUGCCGGCGUGGUGCUUCUCUGCUUGUUAUGCGUAUUCGUUGGACUGGUGAUGCUCAAAUCCAAAAAGAAGAAAGCAUAAUACAAGUAUUUUUACCGUCUUGUGUAGGAUGUAUUAAUUCUUUCCUUGGGAACGUCUUUUACAUUUAAUUGAGGUACUUUCAUGUCUGCAUGAUUUUUCACGCUUGGUUUUUAUGCUUUUUUUUUUUUCUUUUCAUACAUCUCCGAAACGGGGAAAUGAUAAACAUAGAAAAGAAAGAAAAGAAGAUGGUUGGAUCAUGGAUGCUGUUGUGAUUUUAGUCGUAGGGGUCUUUAUCAGUGUUAGAUUUCUGUUAUUCUGAGGGCAAACUGCUGAAAAGUUGCUGCCUUGUUUAUUUUGUUGGCAAAUAUGAUUUGAUAGAGGUAUUGCAAGUAAAGA